CUUUAAACAUCAAAAAUGCCGGUCUUCAGGGAUAUGCUGAUGUUUGUGGCAAUCGCUUCCAUCUCAUCAUCAGUCCAUUGUCAAAAAUUGCCAAGUUUUGAUCUGCUGGAGGGGUUCCAUGUUCCUGAGUCGAAAGGAGUGAAGAGAGUGGAUGGGUCUGAAGCUGAGGCAGUGGCCUACCGCAUCAACCCCUCCAUUCAUUUACAGAAGACAUUGAGUGAUGUGUAUCCAGAUGGACUUCCCACUGAAUACUCCAUUAUCACAACAUUUAAAGUGAACAAUGACACUGCUCAGACGUCCUGGAACCUUUGGCAAGUCAGUGACCCAAAAGGACGAGAACAAGUUGGCCUGCGUUUCCAGCCUGAUGGGCGGUCGCUGGACUUUUUUUACACUGGUCCACAAGGGACACAGAUGGUGAGGACUUUCCAAGGUUUGCAAAAAUUGUUUAACAGAGAAUGGCACAAGUUGGCUCUGAGCGUAAAGGGCAGCCAAGUAAGGUUGCUGAUUGACUGCAAGGAGAUCAGAGUGGAGAGCAUCGAUGAGCCGAGGCCAGUUAUCCGACAAGGCUACACAUCCAUCGUGAAACGAGCUGCAAGAGACCGCUCCGCUUCUGUGGAUCUCCAGCAGAUGGAAGUGUCAUGUGACCCAGAGCAGGCUUAUUCAGAGAGCUGCUGUGAGAUCUCCGGUGUGUGCGGGGGAUAUGCAGAGAUCGGCCUCACAGCUGGAAGAGCAACUUGUAAAUGCAUGCAUGGACAACCAGGACUUCAGGGCUCUCCAGGGCCAAAGGGUCACAGAGGGCUUCCAGGAAAACCUGGAGACCAAGGAAGACUGGGCAACUGGGGAAUCCGUGGAAACAUAGGGGACUACGGAAACAUUGGUGAAACGGGAGCAAAGGGCCAGCAAGGAAUCAAAGGAGAAAAAGGAAUGAGAGGACCCUGGGGACAAAGGGGAGAGAGAGGUCUGCAAGGGCUGAAAGGACUAAAAGGAGCUGCGGGCUUUAAGGGAAUUCGUGGGCUUCCUGGAGACAUUGGAGAGGCUGGGAAACCAGGAGAAGUGGGUACUAAAGGGCUUCAAGGAUAUCCAGGGAUUCCAGGGUUUGAAGGAGUGAAGGGCCAAAAAGGGAAUUCUGGGGCUACGGGGCGGCCCGGACCCAGAGGAAAGCAGGGUAUUGUAGGGGAUCCUGGAGAAAGAGGAGCUCCUGGAGAGAAAGGAGGGCCCGGUAUCCAAGGACCUGUAGGCAGAGCUGGGACUGUUGGAUCAAAAGGUAUUACUGGGGAUCCGGGUUUACCUGGCAGAGAUGGUGAUCCAGGAAUAGAGGCGUAUCAAGGACCCCAGGGUCUCAGUGGAAAACCUGGGCAUAGUGGUGGAAAGGGAGAAAAGGGCACCCUGGGGCCAGCAGGAGAAAUGGGUCCCCAAGGCCAAACUGGGCUGAGAGGUUACAAAGGUUCUGCAGGAAAGCCAGGAAGACCUGGAUUUAUUGGUCCGCCUGGACCUACUGGUCAUGUGGGUGUACCUGGAAAACCAGGAAUCAAGGGUGACACAGGAAUUCAAGGAAUUAAAGGAGUUAAAGGUGCAGAGGGAGAAAAAGGAGUGAAAGGUCUAAAUGGAAGGGUUGGAGACAGAGGUGAGCCAGGUGCUCAGGGAGGCAGGGGGAAGCGUGGUCCUGUAGGCCUUCCCGGUCGUAUAGGUCCUGUUGGAGGAAAAGGGAUUCGAGGUGAAGAAGGACCUGAGGGCUUUCAGGGACUCCCAGGACCUACGGGCCCAACGCUUCCAGCUGAACAUGUGAUUGAGGUCUGUAAGAAAGUGGUCCUGGAGCAGAUGUCCACCUUUGCCAACUCAGUAAAGAGGACGUGUGCUGCAGUUUGUCCUCUCUAUGGGGACGUUCCCAUGGGCGCCCCUGGUCCCCCCGGACAGAAAGGACCCCCAGGGCCUCCUGGUGACCCUGGUACUGAUGGUGUUGCUGGGGAACUGGGCCUACCAGGAUUCUAUGGAGAAGGUGGUGAGCCAGGUCGACAAGGAGAAUCAGGUGACAGAGGAGAGCAUGGUGAUAAAGGAUUCAAAGGUUAUGGCAUUCCUGGCUUCACCGGCGAUCAGGGGCUAAAGGGUCAGCGUGGACGUCCCGGCAGAGCCUUUAAUGGUCAGCCUGGAAAACCAGGUGAAAGGGGAUAUGCAGGCCGGCCGGGGCACAGGGGCCACCCAGGUCUCAGGGGCCCCCCAGGCAUCUGUGUGACCUCUGGAUGUGCUGAGCAGAACCCACUCAGUGGGACACCCCAACCAGCACCACAGAGGCUGAGAAAUCGCUCGUACACCAUUAAAAAUCAAGACAGCUGUAUGAUGGGUUGCAAAACGUUUUCCAUGCAUUGGCUCCUAAGAUGCCUGUGCUUUGUGCUUCUGUCUUUGAUUGGUGCAACGCAAGAUGAAAACUUGAGAAGCUGCAGGACCGCUCCAUGCGAUCUAGUUUUUAUUUUAGAUGGCUCAUGGAGUGUUGUGGAUGUCAACUUUGAAAUUGUAAAGCGAUGGCUUGUCAACAUCACAACCAGCUUCAACAUUGGACAGAAGUUUACUCAGGUCGGUGUGGUCCAGUAUAGUGAUAACCCAAUUUUAGAAAUACCUCUGGGGAUGUUCUCCUCAAACAAAGAUCUCAUCAAAGCAAUGCAAAAGAUUGACUACAUGGGAGGGAACACAAGGACGGGAACCGCCAUUAAGUUUGCCACUGACAAAUUGUUUGGACUGUCCGAAAGGGGCCCAGCAGGCAUUUCCAGAAUUGCUGUUGUCCUCACAGAUGGGAAAUCUCAAGAUGAGGUCAUGAAAGCAGCCGAGGAAGCAAGAAAAAAAGGGAUAAUUCUGUUUGCAAUUGGAGUUGGGCCAGAGACAGAAGAGAAUGAGUUGAGGGACAUUGCAAAUAAACCUUCCACAACUUAUGUGUUCUCUGUUGAGGACUACAAAGCAAUUACCAGGAUUAUUCAGGUCAUACGUCAGAAACUAUGUGAAGAAACAGUUUGUCCAGCAAAAAUUCCCAUCAAUUCCCGUGACGAGAAGGGCUUCGAUAUUCUGUUAAAAUUAAAUUUAGCUAAGAAAACUAAAAAAACACAAGGAUCAUUUUAUGGCACUAAAGCAUAUGAAGUCACAUCUUUCGUUGACUUGAGUGAAGCUACAAGGAGCCUUUUUCCUGAUGGCUUCCCUCCAUCAUAUGUAUUUGUGGCCACACUGCGGUAUAAAGGAUCUGUAGCCGUGGAAAAGUGGGACCUGUGGAGAAUACAGACCCAUGACGGAGAUCCUCAGAUGGCAGUGACUCUAAAUGGUCUGGAUAAUACCGUCAUGUUCACAACAACCAGUAAUACACCAAAUGCAAUUCAAACUGUCAUAUUUUCACAACAGACUGCAAGGAAGCUGUUUGAUGAAAAGUGGCACCAGCUGCGGCUACUGGUAACCGAAGAGGAUGUUACUCUUUAUGUUGAUGACCUGCAAAUGGAGACACAGCCUCUUGAGCCCUCUGUCGGCAUUUUCAUCAAUGGGAAAACCCAAGUUGGAAAAUAUGUAAACAAGGAAACAACUGUGCCUUUUGAAAUCCAGAAACUUCGCAUUUACUGUGACCCUGAGCAGAACACCAGAGAAACUGCAUGUGAAAUACCUGGAGUUUGCUCCAACAAUGCUGAUUACACUGAACCAACACAGGAACCUUGUACUUGUCCUCCUGGACCUCCCGGACCACCAGGAACAGCAGGGGGGAAAGGAAGCUCGGGUAUCCCUGGACAACCUGGACCUGCUGGUGCUGAUGGUAAGCCUGGUAUUCCUGGCCUUAGAGGACUUCCUGGGCUUCCAGGUCCACCAGGACUUAAGGGGGCACAAGGAGCAGAUGGGUACAAAGGCGAGCAAGGGAGACCGGGUGUUUUGGGUGAACGGGGUAUGCCUGGAUUACCUGGACUGCCAGGGCAGCAAGGAGAGAAGGGUGCAAUAGGUUUACCAGGAAUUGCAGGGUUGCCUGGUAUACCUGGUCAAUUGGGUGCAAAAGGAAGCAUAGGACCUCCUGGGCCACCAGGUAUUCCUGGAAAUCCUGGAUUUCCUGGGAGAAAUGGAAAAGAUGGAAUUCUAGGAAGUCCUGGUCAAAAGGGUGAAGCUGGAGCCAUUGGUAUUCAUGGUUCAGAUGGAAGACAAGGCCAUCCUGGUGUUCCUGGUUUGCCAGGAAAUGCAGGCCUGGACGGACAAAAGGGAGAAACUGGUGAACCUGGACCAAAAGGAAUCAAAGGAUCAGCUGGCCCAUCUGGGGAAUUGGGCUUACCUGGUGAACCCGGCAUGAAGGGACCAAUUGGACCCAAGGGCAACAAAGGUGAAACUGGUAAACCUGGGAUGAGAGGAUCACAAGGGCUUGUGGGGAACACAGGGGAACCAGGAUUGCCAGGUCAACCGGGACACCAAGGCAUGCCAGGCCUGAAGGGAAGCAAGGGAGAAAGAGGAAACACGGGUGAAACAGGAGUGAUGGGAAUGAAAGGUGAUCAAGGAGAACAUGGACGACCAGGAGUUCCGGGAUCACCUGGCCCAGUGGGAUUCAAGGGGGAGAAAGGGACAGCAGGGGAUCCAGGGCAGAGAGGGCCAGGAGGUCAAAUGGGACGGCCUGGACAACCUGGUCAGUCAGGGCCAACUGGGCCCCAAGGGGUGCGAGGGGACACAGGCCCCCCUGGGCCACAAGGACCCGAAGGCAGAUCUACAAGUGAAAUGUCAGACAGUCACAUUCGGCAAAUCUGCAGAGACAUUCUUAGAAGUGAGCUGCCUUUAUUACUGCUAAGCAACCAGCAGAGUAGCUGUACAAGAUGUCAAGGCCAACCGGGGUCGCCUGGUGCACAAGGUCCAGCUGGUCCCCAAGGACUCAGAGGUCUUCCUGGACUUAGUGGUUCCAGAGGACAACCUGGUCGUCCAGGGCGUCCAGGGGUUAUUGGGCUGAAAGGAGAACCGGGUUACACAGGUGAGAAAGGGAGCCCUGGUCAAGUCAUGGUUGGGGAUCAGGGACCUCCGGGGCCACCAGGGCCUGUUGGUCCCCAGGGGUACAGCAAACCAGGUCCUCCUGGUAAGCCUGGAUUUCCUGGUCAAAAUGGAGCAGAGGGUAAACCAGGUAAUCCCGGCGUUCCUGGCCAUCCCGGGGUAUGUGACCCAUCCCUGUGCUAUUCUAGUAUAAUGAGAAGGAGUUCCUUCAGCAAAGGCCCAAACUAUUGAUGGAUUGCAGUGUCACUAACGCCUCAAAUCUCAAGCUGAUGUGGAACAAACAGUCAUUCUCAGGAAGAUUUAAUCUCUACAGUUUCUCUCUGUCCAGGAAAACUAAAAGUACCUCUUCAACUUUUUUGUGAUCUCAUUCAUCAUUGUAUAUUUUUUUAAUAUGUGUAUUGAAUAUAAUGAAUAAUAUUAUUAUUCUUUGUCUUUUAACAUUAUUCUUGAGGUUUUCAGGGUGUUAGGAGAACUGAAAAUUGGCUCAUUUGAAUACCUCCAUCUGAGCACCUUGAAAUCUUGUAUGUCUUGUGGCUGGUACACUUCCCUUUAGUGCCCCCUGGUGUUGCUUCAGUGCAUGACUGUUUCUACCAACUUCACAACACUGUCAGUGGGUGCUAUUUAAAGUUUGAAACGAAAUAAAACUGUUAUAUGAAUUACAUGUUUUGUUGUUAAUCUUGACAUACCUUUUCUGUAAUACUGGCAUGUUUUGAUUUUGUCUUACUGAUUAUCAUCUCCUGUGAGCAUUUCUUAACCUUUUCAAGCAGCUAUAUUGUGUAUUUUCUGAGAUAAAAUUAGACUGUUCCCCACAACAGUUAGAAGUCUUUAAGAUGUCACCUCUUUAUAUUUAGGAUGGAACAUUUUUAAAAAGUGACAUUUUUGACAUUUUACUUCAUUUCCCCUCCACAGGUUCAGUUUUAAUUUCUGUAUUAGGUAUUGUAUUGUUAUUUAUAAGAGUAAUAUCUGUGCAUUACAGCAGUGAUGCAUCUUUAACAUAUUUGUAAUGUAGAUAUUUUGUAACUUUUGUACGUUUUUGUCAUUUUUCGAAAAAAUAGAAUUAAAAUUUUAGAACAAUUUGGGAAAUUAAUUUGUCACACACAUCCACCCAUACACAAAUAUAUGUGAAUUUUAAAGCAUAAAAGGAUGAAGUGUUACUGGCAAACACGCUAAAAACAAAAUGCUUGCCAUCUAAUGUUUCC